AUGGAGGCCGCUCCGCAGCCCCGGCCCCGGCCCGGCGGGGCCGCCGCCUCCCCGCCGCCGCCCCCGGAGCAGGAGCGGAAGCUGGAGCAGGAGAAGCUGUCGGGGGUAGUGAAGAGCGUCCACCGGCGGCUGCGCAAGAAGUACCGGGAAGUGGGAGACUUUGAUAAGAUCUGGCGUGAGCACUGUGAGGAUGAGGAAACUCUGUGUGAAUAUGCUGUGGCAAUGAAAAACCUUGCAGAUAAUCACUGGGCAAAAACUUGUGAAGGGGAAGGCCGAAUUGAAUGGUGUUGCAGUGUAUGCCGAGAAUAUUUUCAGAAUGGUGGAAAAAGAAAAGCACUUGAGAAAGAUGAAAAAAGAGCACUUCUUGCUUCUAAGACCACUCCAGCUUUAAAUGUUCCUCAGACUCCCAAGAUUGAAGAUCCUUUGCCAAACUUUGGCUUGACAAAUCAUGAAGUUAUGACAGAGGAGUUCCUUCACUCCUUGGGAAAGAUCAGAUUACUUGAUGUUGGUAGCUGCUUUAAUCCAUUUCUGAAGUUUGAAGAAUUUCUGACAGUUGGCAUAGACAUUGUUCCAGCUGUUGAGAGCGUGUACAAAUGUGACUUCCUAAAUCUUCAAAUUCAGCAACCUCUUCAACUGGCACAAGAUGCUAUAGAUGCCUUUCUUAAGCAACUGAAAAAUCCCAUUGAUUCUCUACCUGGAGAACUGUUCCAUGUUGUCGUUUUCUCACUCCUUCUUUCUUACUUUCCAUCACCCUAUCAACGAUGGAUAUGCUGCAAGAAGGCACAUGAACUUCUCGUAUUAAAUGGCUUAUUGCUUGUAAUAACUCCUGAUUCAUCUCAUCAGAAUCGCCGGGCUAUGAUGAUGAAAAGCUGGAAAAUUGCCAUAGAGUCCUUGGGUUUUAAACGCUUCAAGUAUUCCAAGUUUUCUCACAUGCACCUGAUGGCAUUUAGGAAAACGUCCCUGCAAACAACAAGUGACUUAGUUAGCAGGAACUACCCAGGAAUGUUGUAUAUCCCACAGGAUUUCAACAGUAUAGAGGAUGAGGAGUAUUCCAACACUGCCUGCUAUGUUCGGUCAGACACAGAAGAUGAACAGCUAGCUUAUGGUUUUAUGGAGCUACCUGAUGCUCCCUAUGACUCAGACUCUGGAGAAAGCCAGUCUAGUUCUAUUCCUUUCUAUGAGCUAGAAGAUCCUAUAUUGCUUCUAAGUUAAUGUAGUCGUUGAAAUGCCCUUUCAGUGAAACCUCUUGCUUAACUAAUUUUGCUAUACUAACAUGGGCUCAACACAGAAAAAUGGUUUGCAUAAAGAAAAUGCAAAGGUUUACAGAGUUUGCUAUUUUUUUCUACUUUUGAAUUUUAAAAUUUAUUCUUGUAUGAAAGUGAAAAAAAUACAAGUUUUAUGCAAAUGACUCAUGUCAUAGCAUAAAUUGCUGUUACUUUCUUUAGAUUUGUAUUGCUUUUUUUUUUUUUCCAGAAAGGUACAUUCUUUUCUUUAGUGCUGUGAAGUGUGAAUUCUAUUUAAUUUGUUAAAUGUUGUUUCAGUAUUUUAACUCAAUGUGGUUGAGCUUAAGGCACUGGAAUUGGCGGGCUUCUGGAAGUUAUAUGUAGGAGGAAAUAAUUUGCACUUUAAUUAAAUGUGCAGAUAGGUUAAGACACUUGGUUGCAAAUGUCCCUUCUUAAUUAUGGAACAAAACUUUUUUCUUCCAAAAUUUGUUUCACUCUGGUUAAGCCUGGGCUGGAGAACCUAUAAUACUUGCACAUUUGAUUUUAUGUUUAUUGCAGCCCUCUUGAUGUAACACCAAAACACUGGAAUAUAUUCAUCCAUAGUUGUACAUACGGUGUAAUUCCAUUGCAUAACUAGCAAUUUCUGAAGAGGCUUUUCCCCAGAGGAGUAUGGUACGUUUAGACAAUUAUGUUUCACUUCAAAGCUGGAAUAUGUUUUGCAGUUCUAUGAGUAUACAAGCACUAACAUACAUCAGUAUUUCCCCAACUAUGGUGUUCUGUAUUCUCUUCCAAAUGUGUUUUUUUGGGGCGACAAGGGUGGGUUUUGUCAUGUUUUAAAGUAAAUUAUUUAUGCAUUUUUUAAAAGAAACAACUUUUUCUUGAAUUGUCCUUAUUUGUAGAACUUCUAAGUUAGCCAGUGACUACAAACUGAUUUUGUAAGAAGGAACAUAAAUGUACAAGUUUUUCACAUAUUUGCAUAAAGCUAUGUAAUUCAGACCACACAAGUGAAGUUAACACAUGCUUUUUGUUUGUUUAUUAGGACCCAAAAAUCUUCAGUUCAGUUAAAUAAAAAUUCCAUAGCUGACUGAAAACUGGUCAGCACUGUAAGGAGAUGAAAUAUGUAUUAAGUUUUUAACUUGUGCAAUGAAUUUUAGAGUUUUUGCAGAAAAAAAUUCUGUUCAGUGGUUUAUAAAAGAGGAUUCAUUAUUAGCUUACCUUAGAUUUUCCUCCAUUUAAAAAUAAUGGCCAGGAUUUUCAGAUUUGGAUAUUAGGCUCUUAAAUCUAUAUGUAAGUCCCUAGUAGUAAAUUAUUUGAACUAGGUGCCAGAUCAUGAUUUAUUUCUGACUUCUGAAAAUUGGUAAAAAAAUACUAAUGCAGUUUCACAGGUGAUUGUGAUGAAAUAUCUUACACCAUAUUAAAUCGCUAUGUUGCAUUUACAAUAUGAAAGUUGUUAGACAAAUUGAAGUUGUAGCAUGAAUUUUACAGUGGUUGCUACAAAAAUUAAACUUAACUGCUUCCACUGAAGUUUUGCACUGAAUGUGUGACAAUUUGACCUGCCUGUUUUUCUUUUAUAAUAUUUCCUACAUAGAGUAAUUGAAUUGGUUACAUCGCAUUGAGCUUACACUCAAAUGUGAUCUGGACUGUGGUGCUGUAUUCUUUACCAUAAGCUUUUUUUUUUGGGUGUCUCUUGAAUUUUAAGCAUUCCCAAAUACCUAAUUCAAAUUUGUUAUUCAAUCUGAAUGAUAGGGUUAUCCAAAACAAACAGUUAUAUUCUGAUGUGGGAAAAGAAAAAAAUAAUUAAGGUUAGACAUAAAAGAGUCAUGGUUCACUUGCUAAUUUUUGUUACAGAGAAUACUUCUCUAAUGAAAUACACAAUGGCUUCAAAAUUGGCUUUAAGUCAGUAUUGUAAUUUAAAGCCUUUCUUCCCAAUUAACCGCUGCUCCCAGCAGUGCUCAUGUUAAAAUAUUGCUGCUGUAAAAUCAGUUGUUUAUAGGAUGUUAAUAUGUGCAUUCUUCCAAGUAUACCUAAUGUUUUAACUGAUACUCGAUUUAAAAACUAGUACACCAUCAAACGUGUUGGCAUUGAUUUCUGUAAAUUGGUUUGUGAUUCAUGCACAAAGAAAUGCAAUUCAGAUCAGGAUUUAUCCUCCAAAAUAGCUUAAAUAUUAAGAUUUAAAGUUUAAUCCUUUUUGGGAGGUUGAUAACAACACUGUGGUUUAGGGACCUGAGAUUCAUAACAGCUUGGUUUUCUUGCUGAUCAUUCUAAAUGCCCGAAGUGGGUUUAUUGGUUAUUUUGUGGGGUUUUUUUCUUUUUUGGUUUGGUUCGUAUCGUUUUUUUUCACAAGGGACAGUAGCUUGUGGUGGAGGAGGAAAGUGUGAUUUACAUAAAUACUUGCAUCUCCCUUAAUAAUAAAGUGGUGAUAUCAGGAGUUGUUGUAUAUUUGCCUUUGGUGCAAGAAUAUUAUUUCUAGGUUAUGAAAUAUUUGAAAAUUAUGACUGUGCAAGACACCUUUCAUUCUUAAGGUGCUGGACAAGAAAAGGAAGAAAACAUGUAUUGGCAUCUCUGUUGUCUUUUAUGUCACUACUUUUGUGAACAAAGCACAUUUAUUAAAAAAAUAUGAAAAACUGAAAACGUUUUUUAAAAAUUCUUUGGGAUAGAGCUAUUGUAUUAUUUUCUGUAUAAUCUGUUUAUGCUGAAAAAUCCAGUGAAAUCAAUGCAAAGCUAUUUUCUUGAUUUCCAAGGAGACAGUUGUCUUCAGUUGAUUUUAUAACCCAUAACGAUGUUAAAUUUGGUACUUCAGUUUCACUUCUACAUGUUAGUUGCGGUGUUUUCUUUUCAGAAGGGGUUUUUAAGUUCCAUUUGAUACUGUUA